ACGCCUCCAUUUCUUCUCUCAUUAACUCCGUAGUUUCUUAUUUAGUCUCACUUCAUUCUCAUCGCCCUCUUCUCCUUGCUACUUCUUCGAUAUUUCCCAUUGCAUUCACGUCUACAAUUGCAAUUCUCUGAUUUGUCCUUUGCUUUUGUGGUGAAGCAACAAUCAUCAAUGGCGUCUUUCAGCGUCCCGUGCCCGAAGGUUUCGCCUCUGCUGGCCGCUUCAUCUCAGCCGGCUCAGAGACCGAACUGCAUUGCUUCGUUUCCUCGAUCUGAUUCCAGAUCAACUCCUGCAUUGACCACAACAGCUCAGUUUCAGGGAUGUAGCCGCACCCAAUCAGAUGCCUUUAAGGUCUGUGCUCAGCUUAGUCAGGCUGUGGUCGAAAAAGCUUCAAAUGGUACUCCAGCUCUAGAGACGCUGCCUAUCCUAGAAUCUGAAAAGCAAGAGGAAGCUCCAGAUGCAUCCUCUGUUUCAACUUUUAUGAACCAAGUGUCGGAUCUCGUCAAGCUUGUCGAUUCCAAAGAUAUUGUGGAGUUGCAACUUAAACAAUUGGAUUGUGAAAUCCUUAUUCGGAAAAAGGAAGCACUGCCACAGCCAUCAAUUCCAGCUCCUGUUUAUUAUACACCACCUCCUACAUACCAGUCUGCACUACCACCAAGCACUCCUGCUCCAGCAUCUGCGGCCUCUACACCUUCAUCUCCCACUUCAGCACCUGCACCAACAAAACCAAAGUCAUCGCAUCCCCCAUUUAAAUGCCCUAUGGCUGGAAACUUCUAUCGCUCUCCAGCUCCUGGUGAACCACCUUUUGUGAAGGUUGGGGAUAAGGUGCAAAAGGGACAGGUAUUAUGCAUUAUUGAGGCUAUGAAACUGAUGAAUGAUAUUGAGGCUGAUCAGUCUGGCACUGUGGUUGACAUUCUUGUAGAUGAUGGGAAACCCGUCAGCUUGGAUACGCCUUUAUUUAUAAUUGAGCCAUGAGGAACCAGGUUCAUCUCUAAUGAAGAACAACCAUUAAAGCUCUGAAGUGUGAGAUUUAUUUGCCUUCUUGAAAACUACAGUGAAAUUAGGACAAUGUUGUUUUACUGUAACGCUGUUUAGAAAUUCUGGUGCUAAUUUAUAAACUUCACAAUAAUUACGUAUUUUUGCAUCCAUCACAUUUUUUUAUGGUCAA